CUGCGGGGAUGUGCCAUUGCCAUGGCGAGGAGGCUCUUCCCGGGGGCCUGGCUCAGGAGACGCUACUACGCUCAGGUCAGAUACGAUGCAGGCAGCCAAAGUGUGAGCUUUCUUACACUGGCCUAUUGCUGACCUGAGCCCUGAUUUGGAGGGACCACCUUCUAUAAGGGUUCGCUUCUCAUAUAUGCGAAUGAAGUAUCUCUUCAUCUCUUGGCUAGUAGUAUUUAUUGGCAGCUGGAUUAUAUAUGUUGAGUACUCCACUUACACAGAGCUAUGCAGAGGUCAUGACUGUAAGAAAAUAAUAUGUGAUAAAUAUAAGACUGGAGUUAUUGAUGGAUCAGCAUGUAGCAGUCUUUGCGCUAAAGAAACUCUAUAUUUUGGAAAAUGUUUGUCAACAAAACCCAAUAACCAGAUGUAUUUAGGAAUCUGGGGUAAUCUACAAGGUGUCAUAAAAUGCCAGAUGGAAGAAACUAUUCAUCUUGAUCUUGGAACUGAACUGGAACCAAGAAAAGAAAUAGUUCUGUUUGAUAAACCAACUAGAGGAACUACUGUUCAGAAAUUCAAAGAAAUGGUAUAUGGUCUUUUUAAACAAAAGUUGGGUGAACAGGGAAAUCUUUCUGAACUGGUUAAUCUCAUCCUGUCAGUUGCUGAUGGAAACAAAGAUGGUCGAGUUUCCUUACCAGAAGCAAAGUCAGCAUGGGCUCUUCUGCAGCUAAAUGAGUUUCUGCUCAUGGUGAUCCUCCAGAAUAAAGAACACACCCCAAAAUUGAUGGGUUUUUGUGGAGAUCUCUAUGUGAUGGAAAGAGUUGAAUAUACCUCUCUCUAUGGAAUAAGCCUUCCAUGGAUCUUAGAACUUUUCAUUCCCUCUAGUUUCAGAAGAAGCAUGGACCAGUGGUUUACUCCAUCAUGGCCUAGAAAGGCAAAAAUAGCUAUCGGGCUUUUAGAAUUUGUGGAAGACAUUUUCCAUGGACCUUAUGGGAAUUUUCUUAUGUGUGAUACCAGUGCCAAAAACUUGGGUUAUAAUGAUAAGUAUGACUUGAAAAUGGUGGACAUGAGAAAAAUUGUGCCAGAAAUUAAUUUGAAGGAAUUACUUAAAGAUCGUCACUGUGAGUCUGACUUGGACUGUGUUUAUGGUACAGACUGUAGAACUCUAUGCGACCAAAGUAAAAUGAAAUGUACCACAGAAAUAAUUCAGCCCAACUUGGCAAAAACAUGCCAGUUACUAAAAGACUAUCUGCUUCGCGGUGCUCCAUCAGAAAUACACGAAGAGUUAGAGAAACAACUGUAUUCUUGUAUUGCCCUUAAAGUCUCAGCAAACCAGAUGGAAAUGGAGCAUUCUUUAAUACUAAACAACUUAAAAACUUUAUUGUGGAAGAAAAUAUCCCAUACAAAUGAUUCUUAGUAUCUUUAACCACAGAAGAAAACGUUGCCACUCUAGGAGAUUUACCACUUUUUAUCAAAUGCAUCUUUGGCAUUUUAAAAAUAUGUCUUCUUA